AUGGCAUUAAGCUUGUUCCUUGGUAAACAUAAUGUACAGGAUACCAUUAAGGAGAUAGAGGAAGAAAAACGUUCACUUGCCUCAGUGAAAGCUGUGUCUGUACUGCAACUGCUCUCAGAUCCUUCUGUGCGAUGGCAAGUACUGUCUGUAGUAGUGAUCAACAUGGGAAUGCAGCUCUCUGGAAUUGAUGCGCAUCUGACCUUUCCACUUCUUGCUGUUACACUCCUGUCAUCAUUUGGGUCCUCCAUGCUGUAUGGCUUCAAUCUGGCUGUGGUAAACUCUCCAGCAGUGCACAUCAAAGCCUUCUACAAUGCAACAUGGUACCAACGCUAUGGGCAGGGCCUGGCACAAGGACCCCUCACUCUCAUGUACUCCCUGACUGUCUCUAUUUUUGCCCUGGGAGGCUUGGUGGGGUCAUUUCCUGUGGGAAUUCUGGUCACCCAAUAUGGGAGGAAUGGCACUUUGAUCCGUAGCAACUUCCUUGUUCUGUUGGCUGGCAUGUUAAUGGGAUUCAGCCGCUAUUUGGGAUCCCCUGAAAUGGUCAUUUUGGGACGCUUCAUCAUAGGGAUUCAUUCUGGCAUCUGUCUCAGUGUGGUGCCCAUGUACCUAGGAGAAAUUGCCCCAAAGAACCUCCGGGGAUUCCUGGGCCUGGUUCCCAGCAUCUUCAUUUGUCUGGGUGUCUUUUCUGCCCAGGUCUUGGGCCUUCCAGAGUUCCUGGGAGAGGAUGCCUAUUGGCCUCUUUUCCUCUCUGUAGUGGUGGUUCCUGCUUUUCUGCAGCUCUUGCUACUGAAUUGGUUUCCUGAAAGCCCCCGUUACUUGCUUAUUGAGAAAAAUAAUGUCCAUGGAGCUGCUGAAGGUAAGCUGAACAAAUGCUGCUAUUUGUUCCUCAACCAAAGUCAAGUAGGAACAGAGAUUGUACUGGGUCUCAUCUGUUUUUACCAUGAUCAGAAACAGAUCUGGUUUUACACAAAUGCUAUAUUUGAGAAUGCUGGCGUUCCUGAUCCUGAUAUCCCUUACACUACCGUGGGCACUGGUGCUAUUGAGGUUGUUGCUGGCUUAAUAGGCUGUUUCACUAUUGAGAAGGUGGGACGUCGUUCUCUCCUCAUAGUUGGCUUCUGUUUUAUGGGCAUCUGUUGUGCUGGCAUCACCCUCUCCCUGGUGCUUCAGCCAAGUGUGUCCUGGAUGCGUUACAUCAGUGUGGCUUUUGUGAUUGGGAUCAUUGCAGGAUUUUGCAUGGGGCCAGCUGGCGUCCCAUUUCUGAUGACAGCUGAACUCUUCAAGCAGUCACAUCGGCCAUCGGCUUAUAUUGUGGGUGGGUCCCUCAACUGGCUCUCGAACUUCACUGUCGGCUUUGUGUUUCCCUUCUUGCAGAUGUCAGCUGGUGCUUUCUGCUACCUGGUCUUCUGUGGUAUCUGCUUUCUGGUUGCACUGUAUGUGUAUUUCAUCAUCCCUGAGACUAAAAAUAAGACAUUUAUGGAAAUCAGCCAACUCUUCACCUCCUCUCGCCCGGCCUUCUUCUCUAACUUUCCCAAUUCUUUCAAGAUGAUCAAGUUAAAUGGCUAUGGAGCCCUGGAGAACAGCUCCUUGGAAUUAUCUGGAUCAGGAUCGAAUCUCCCAUGA